UCGUAUCGAUUCGAGCCGGCGCGCCGUUCGGGCGAAUCCGCCCUCGACUCGUCGCUCCUCGUAAGCUCGUCGCGAGUUCGCGGUCGCAAGCGUCUACUACGGCUACGGCGCGUCUCGAGAGCCGGCCCAGAGAAAAGGGUUGCUGCCGCGGGUGAAGGGACUGUGCCGUCGGGACGAGAGCGACAGUGGGCUCUCUCACGUAAGGACAAAAGCCGAUCGAGCGAUCGGCCAUUACGCGAGGUUCGCGAGUCGCCGAGCAGCGUUGCGCUUCGUUCAAGCCGACGCGGCUACUACGACGGGUGCUACAUCGUCGACUCCCUUCGUCCUUGGCUCCGUACGAGACUCCUGUGCUGGCUCCAGGUAGCUAGGGAGCGCGAGAGAGGGAAAGAGAGAGAGAGAGAGAGAGAGAGAAAGAGAGAGACAGAGAGAACCGCCUCGACAAUGGGCAAGGAGAAGAUCCACAUAAACAUCGUGGUGAUCGGCCACGUGGACUCGGGUAAGUCCACGACGACCGGCCACUUGAUCUACAAAUGCGGCGGCAUCGACAAGCGGACGAUCGAGAAGUUCGAGAAGGAGGCGCAGGAGAUGGGCAAGGGCUCGUUCAAGUACGCCUGGGUGUUGGACAAGCUUAAGGCGGAGCGCGAGCGCGGUAUCACCAUCGACAUCGCCCUGUGGAAGUUCGAGACAGCCAAGUACUACGUGACCAUCAUCGACGCGCCUGGGCACCGCGACUUCAUCAAGAACAUGAUCACCGGCACCAGCCAGGCGGACUGCGCGGUGCUGAUCGUCGCGGCCGGCAUCGGCGAGUUCGAGGCCGGCAUCUCCAAGAACGGUCAGACCCGCGAGCACGCGCUGCUCGCCUUCACGUUGGGCGUGAAGCAGCUGAUCGUCGGCGUCAACAAGAUGGACAUGACCGACUCGCCGUACUCGGAGACCCGCUUCGAGGAGAUCAAGAAGGAGGUGUCCUCGUACAUCAAGAAGAUCGGCUACAACACCGCCUCGGUCGCCUUCGUGCCGAUCUCCGGCUGGCACGGCGACAACAUGCUCGAGCCGUCCCCGAAGACGCCCUGGUACAAGGGCUGGAAGGUGGAACGCAAGGACGGCAACGCCGACGGCAAGACGCUCAUCGAGGCGCUCGACGCUAUACUGCCGCCGUCCAGGCCCACCGACAAGGCCCUGCGACUGCCUCUUCAGGAUGUCUACAAGAUCGGCGGGAUCGGGACUGUGCCCGUAGGUCGCGUGGAGACUGGUAUCCUGAAACCAGGUAUGUUGGUGACGUUCGCGCCGGCCGCCCUGACAACCGAGGUGAAGUCGGUCGAGAUGCAUCACGAGGCCCUGACGGAGGCUCUGCCGGGCGACAACGUCGGCUUCAACGUGAAGAACAUCUCCGUGAAGGAGCUGAGGCGCGGUUAUGUGGCCGGCGACUCCAAGAAUCAGCCGCCCCGCGGCGCCGCCGACUUCACCGCCCAGGUGAUCGUGCUGAAUCACCCGGGACAGAUCAGCAACGGCUACACGCCAGUGCUCGACUGCCACACCGCCCACAUCGCCUGCAAGUUCGCGGAGAUCAAGGAGAAGUGCGACCGCCGUACCGGCAAGACUACCGAGGAGAACCCGAAGAGCAUCAAGAGCGGCGACGCCGCCAUCGUGAUGCUGCAGCCGACCAAGCCGAUGUGCGUUGAGGCCUUCCAGGAGUUUCCGCCGCUGGGUCGCUUCGCGGUCCGCGACAUGCGUCAGACCGUCGCCGUGGGUGUUAUCAAGAGCGUCACCUUCAAGGACACCCAGGGCAAGGUAACAAAGGCCGCGGAGAAAGCCCAGAAGAAAAAGUAACCAUCAAGCUUCCUCGGAAGCUCGCAGUCCGCCGGCCGGUGCCCCGCAGGCGUCCCCGCGCAUGGACCCUCCACCACCACCACCACCGCCACCACCGUCAGGACGCAGCACGCCGCGGCUGCUCCACUCGACUCAUACUCGACUAAUACCAAAAGUCAUAAGAUGUUGUGCUUACCCCCGUUACAUUACCCGGUAGUGUUAAACCCGCGCAUCUAUCCGAACCUGCACAUUCAGUUCACCCACGCCCCGCGCACGCCUCACAUAUGCUAGGAGGAAGCGUUGCCCGCGCGUUUUACUCGCAACUCAUUAAUUACUACAAGUAUUGACGAUAUGUGUCCGAUUGAUUACCAAGAGGUCAGAAAAAAAAGUAUAUAUGAAACAACAAACCAAAAGUCGAUAACCAAAAAAAAGAACAAAAAAAUGAAAAACGCAAACCAAACCGGAAAAAAAAAGAAAUACAAGAAACAAGCAAGAAGUACUAAGUUCCCUUGGACUCUACGUGUGUAGUUAGGUUUUUCAAUUGAUACAACAAACAACAACAACCGAGCAUCGACGACGACGAACGACGACGACAAACGGAUCGCAGUGGUCGCGAAGACUGCCACGCAUUUUGGGAUCCUCUCGUCGCUCGCGAGGAAGCGAGGCGGCGGCGGCGGCUGCGGCGGCGGCGACAGCCCGACCGGCCGGUGAAUGUCGUCGGAACGGAAGGAAAGCGCGGCGGAGCGAACGUUUCGGCGGCGACGCCGCGAAGCGACGUCGGGCGACCGCCACCGACUCGCGUCCCCUGAUGACCUCUCGCGAUCGAUUCUUCUUUUCGAAGGGUUCAUUAAGGCUGAUUUGUUCCGAGACUUGGUUGCCUCGCCACGUGCGUGCACGCGCGCGAUUAGUUUUAUUACUUAUAAGAUACUUAUAUCCGUAGUUAGGAAUCAUUAGAGACUACCACGCUCCCCUCCGUCAGCGAGUCGCCGGCUAUACCCUCCUCCCUACUCGCAGGGGCAGCAGCGCACGAUGUCUGUCUCUACUUUUCGGGAGAGGGCUGUGUGAAUCAUCCAGCGUCGCGAGUCGCCCGCGUUGAUCUCGCCGCUCUCCCUCCCUCGCCGCUCGCGAUAGACGCGUUCUACGAUUGUUUUCGACCCUUAGCCAGUAUUAUGUUGAUGUAAUAAAAGAAAAUCUUUAAUUGCACC